GAUAGAUUAUUUGUCUCCAGGUAACAACUCAACGUGCUGCCCGGCAAAUUCACGAUCGCUUUCCUUUUCCGUUAACUCAGAUUCUCUGUUUCUUUCUCUCUCCUCAGAUCGACUCAACUGUUCAUCCAUAUCUGAGUUUUUCUCUAUUCAGACAAAUAUUCAAUACUACUCAUAACAAUCAAAAUCUACAAAUGAAAGACGACGAAUCAAUACCGGUAUCUACACCGACGACGGUGUAUUCAUCGUCGAAUACAAAUUCAAUACAUUCGAAAUCAUUAUAUGAUGCUACAUUGUUCGGAAGAGGUCGGUAUAAAUUUUGGGCAUUGGCUGCUAUACUUUUGUUAGCAUUUUGGUCAAUGUUUACCGGUACUGUUUCACUCCGAUGGUCCGCCGGAAACCUUAAUAGUCUCUCCGACCUAUUCGAUAUUCCGAUAUCAGAUGAUCUCGACGUCCUUGAAAUGGAAGAGAGGGAGAAGUUGGUGAAUCAUAUGUGGGAUGUGUACACUAAUAGUCCUCGGAUCAGACUGCUUAAGUUUUGGCAGGAGGCAUUUGAGGCGGCCUAUGAGGAGUUAAACAGUGACGUUGCUGAAGUUCGAGAGGCUGCUAUAUCCGAGAUAUCUAAGAUGUCUGUCCGAUUUGUUCAUAUCGAGCUGCCACCUCUGCGUUCGAUGGCAGUAAGAAAAUUAAGUCAAAAACAAACAGAGGACUGCAAAAGGAAGUAAGUUAUGACUGGAAGAACAUGAAGGGUCCAAAUUUGCACGGUUGCCACCUAUUUAUACAAGACAAAUGAACACAUACCUACUUGCUCCCUGGUAUUUGACUAAAGGGAGCAUCUGGGAAAAGAUUACAUUCAGGUUCCUCGCAUUUUUCGCAACAGGGAUAAACAUAUCUAACUUUUUGUUACCUGUACCUCUUUUUUUCUCUCGAUUUCCAUCUCUCCAUUGAAAGAUCAUAUGAGUGCAGAGUUCAACAAUAUUAUUACUUUAAUUGCUUCGUGCAAAGAGAUCGGAAAUUACUUCCGAGGUUUUUGCACUGGAAGACCUUUACUGAUUUUCUUGUAUUACAGUUGAGAUACCAAUUAUACAAACUUGCUCGGGAAUAGAAAGAUUAUAUUCAUUAGUUCUCAUGGUAAA